AUGGUUGCCAAACUGACAAAGGUGUCCCAGCUGCCACAGCAUACAGCUGGCAUCUUUGCAGAUAUGUCAAUAGACGGUCCACCAAUAGGGACUCUGGUUGUCAUUAUUGACCGGGCGAAAAACCUGCCCAAUAGGAAAACCAUGGGCAAGCAGAAUCCGUACUGUGCCGCGCGGCUGGGGAAGGAGGCAAAGAAGACGGAAACGGAUAUGCGGGGUGGCCAGAGGCCAAAAUGGGAUCAAGAGUUGCGGUUCACAGUGCACGAAUCGCCCGAUUACUAUCAAUUAAAGGUAUCCGUCUUCAACGACGAUAGGAAGACUGACCUGAUCGGUGAAACUACUAUCGAUCUCAAGAAUGUUGUGGUUCCAGGUGGUGGGCAGAAUGACCUCUGGCAUGGAUUGCAGUGCAAGGGGAAAUACGCUGGGGAUGUCAGGAUCGAGUUGACCUACUAUGACACCCGACCUAAGGACGAGGCGGUAAUCGAGCGGAGAAAGGAAGCGGAGAAAGUAGAGACAAGAGCAGAGACGGUACAGUCAGGACUCUCCGGUCCUCGCCAAGCAAAGCCCUCGAAGCGAAGACCUCUGCCCGCGGAUCCCACCGGCUCGUCUCCUGUCCGUCCACCGUCGUCUGAUCGUGUUGCUCCUCCCCCUACAGCUUUACGGGAGAACCAUUCUACACCUUCUCGACAAGCAAUACCAGAACCACCUCCCCAGUCAACGCCUCCUUCUCAACCCCAGCGAGCCUACGAAACGCCCGAUGAUUUUCAGUGUCAAUGGGGUCCCACACCCCCCAAAAUUAUCUCGAAACACUCGACCCCUACACAUCAGUCCUAUCAAAAUUCAUCCCCUGGAGAAAUUCAAGAGCUGCCGGUCGAUCAGUACGGUCGUCGUUCCCAGCAUCCCAUCACUUCUCGAGAAAUGGCCUACCCCCAAGUACCUGAAUAUACCCACAUUACUCACCACCAGCCACUCGACCAUAGCCCGCCACAUAACAUAGGUCAAAAUGUCUACGACUAUCCCCCGGAGCCACCCCCAAUCCCUCCGCCCCGAGACUGCUACCAGACCCCACCACGACAAACGACCUAUUCCAUGCAAACACCAGACCGCUACAAUACCUCCCCUUCCUACCCGCCACCAUCUCGAGGCUCUUCCUACGCAGCCACAGACUCACCGCAAACACAGCAAUCCCCGGAGCCCCCAACCAAUGCCAGCCCAAACGAUCGACGGAGCCACUACCACCGCUACAGCACCUCGCACGCCAACAACGAUGUCUUCCGCGACAGCCCGCUCCGCCAUUCCUUGAAUAACCUUGACUUCCCGCCGCGCCAGGAAUACAUGCAGCCGCACUUACAGAAUGAGGAGGAAGAGGGACCACCGCCCCCACCGCCCGUUCAUCGGCAGAUUUUCCACUCACAACAACAUUUACAACAGCUUCCUACACUGCCGUCGGUAACAGCAGACUACGGUCAUAAUCAAAAUGCCUUGGGACCAAUACCCAUGCCGGAACCGCUGAGUAUAGGACCCGGGCGAACGUCGCCACUGCCCCUGCCUGUUGGUGAGCAAGGGCAGCAAUAUAUCGCGUACUCAUCAAGCUAUCACAGCCAGAAUUUGAGCUUCUCGUCGGUAGAUAGGGAGCCUGUAUCGGCGUAUUCGUCGUCUCCUACGCCUUCAUACAUGAAUGCACAUGCAAAUACAAAUGUAAACAGUUAUGCUCGAGACAGGAUGGCAGCAGCCCCCGUCCAAGAACAACCCGGCACGUCGGAUGGAGAUAUAAAGGUUAUUGCCAGUGUACCGUCGGCAUUAGUACCAGGAUAUAAAGCGGCUGUUCCUGAAGAAGCUGAGCGAAGCAUGAUAUAUCACAAUAACAGCUAUGUCUCACCACCCCCACAACCACAGCCGCACCAACAACCACCAUCACCACAACCGCAACCACAACCCCAACCCUCCCGCACAUCCCCGCGCCCUCCGGACCUCCGCUCCAUCCCCGCCCGCAAAUCCGUCUCGCCGCACCCCCACCAACCACCAGCACCACGCGACCCCACAAAUCCAAGCCUACCCGGCAUCCCCUUUUCCCCUGACAGUUACAACGCCCUAAACCCCUCCGUCUCCACUGCCUUCACCAGCAUAUCUUCCUCCAUCCCCACAUACCAAGAAUCCACCCUUGAAGCCGACCGCCAGCGCGAGGUGGAUAAACUCCGCGAUCUGGGUCCGAUAAUCGGCGAUGACGGCCGCGUUAUUGAUCCUUCGGAUCAUUUGCCGACAGAUACGUGGGCGCCAGAGCCGGAGAGGAAGUUUGCUACUGUUUCGGGGAGUGGUGGAGCAGGGGGAGGGAAGAGGGCGGAGGUUGUGGUGCGGUUUAAGCAUGCUGGUCAGAGAGAUAGUGCCAGCGUUGGUAGUGGGGUGAGGGGGAGGGCGGUAUCUAUGAUUGGCGUUAGUGGUAGGGUUGGGAAUGGUAACCGGCAAACACGCGCUAAGUUGCAGAAGCGGGAGACGCCGCAGCCGGCACCAGCCAGUGCCACUUCUAGGCCACAGUCAUAUAUACACGUACAGCACAGCCAUGAAACCACACCAUCCCCGCGCGCCAGCGGCAUCAUCACCAAUAAUAAUACCAGCAGCAUAACUACCACCCCUCUCCGCUCCCACGAUCCAUACGGCUACAACGGCACCCCCACCGCCUCUACCAGUGCCCACAGUCCUAACAUCCGAACCUCCCCGUCCCCCUCCAGCUUCUAUAACCCUUCUCCAACCGGCCCGCCGAUCCCGGCGAAAGUCCCCGUGCAACCGUCUGCUUCUUACGGCGGUGGGGAGAUGGAUGCAUUUAGCGAGGAGUUGAGGAGGAUUGAUAUUGGGGUGGGAUCUGGUGGGUGUGUAGGUGGAGGUGGGAGGAGAGGGAGGUUGUCAUAUGUCGGGACGGGGGGGAGGGAGGGUUGA